AUGCGUUUUGCUCCUCUCAUCAUCUGCCUGGCAGCAAUAUCGCUUGCUGCCCCAACGAACUUCCUUGACAGUGCAUAUGACUGGAACGAUGAACUGGCAGAAUUCUAUGGAAAAGUGAGCCAGUACAUCAACACCGCAAAACACAACGUCAGAGCAUCGUCUUGCGACGCCUCCAAGAUUGUUAUGCCCUCCUAUGCUUCAGGAAUGACCAGCCCGUCAGGGCUAAAGCCGAGAUACGUUGCACUUGGACGGGGCACACAGAACUAUACAUGUACGGACUCUACUUCCUACUCCGCACCCGUGGCGGUAGGAGCUGUCGCAAGACUCUACAAUGCGACAUGCAUUGCAGCCAACUACCCCGAUCUCAUGGCAAAGCUCCCCAACCUUGCUUACCGAAUUUCCCUAUCAACCAACGAAUAUGCCUCGUUCCCUCCCGCCAACAUCGACAUGAUGGGUCAUCAUUUCUUCUUUGAUGCAACAACCCCCGAGUUCAACUUGAACACCACACCCAAAAGGCAGGAUGGCAUUGUCAUGACCAAGAAGGAAGGUGCAAUUGAUGCUCCUUCAGGUUCAGUGUCAGGGAAGUACGGAGCUGUGCCUUGGCUCUACCUCACUACUACCGAUGGCACGGUGGGCAACUACAAGAGUGUCUAUCGUGUCAACACUGCCUCUGGGUCGCCACCAAAGACCUGCAAGGACAUGCCACCCACAUUUGAAGUACAAUAUGCUGCAAACUACUACUUUUUUGGGGAGUAG